AUGUAUCCUUUGAAAGGUAUAAAGGUAAUUGAAAUCGUUGGACUGGCUGCAGGACCAUUUGCAGGCAUGGUGCUAGCAGACUUUGGCGCAGACGUGAUCAGAGUAGAUAAACUAUCACCAGCGAUUUCUAUGGAUGUAUUAACGAGACACAAGAGAUCGAUAUCAAUAGAUUUUAAACAUCCGCAAGGCUAUCAACUCGUCAAACGCCUUAUAUGUACUGCAGAUGUGCUUAUCGAUACAUUUAGACCGGGAGUCAUGGAGAAGUUGAAAUUGGGUCCUGAGCGUAUGUGUAAAGAAAACGAUAAGUUGAUAUAUGCCCGAAUCAGUGGGUUUGGACAGAGUGGUGAGAGAGGAAAAUACUCCAAAACGGCCGGUCAUGAUAUCAACUACAUUGCAGUGUCCGGAAUAUUAUCUAUGCUUGGACGACAAAACGAGAAACCGACGUUUCCUCUGAACUUGCUGGCGGAUUUCGCAGGCGGUAGCAUGAUGUGCGUCCUUGGAGUUCUACUUGCCUUGUUGCAUCGAAACAAAACCGGAAAAGGACAAGUCGUUGAUGCUGGAAUGACUCAAGGUAUAUCAUACAUAUCGACUUUUCCCUAUUUACUCAAACAAGCCAAUCUCAACUUUGUAAAUCCGCGAGGAAAGAAUGUACUUGAUGGUGGAGCUCAUUUUUAUGAAGUAUACGAAACGAAGGAUGGAAAAUACAUGGCUGUUGGUGCGCUAGAACCACAAUUUUACGAAACACUCGUAGUUCUUCUGAAUCUUUCUCCGGAAACACUUCCCGAACAAUAUGACGAGUCUUCUUGGCCACAGAUGAAGGCUCUAUUUACAUCCGUGUUUCUGUCAAAAACGCGAGCUGAAUGGUGUGAAAUAUUUGACGGAAAAGAUGCGUGUGUUACGCCAGUAAUAGAGAUCGAAGAAGGGGUAACAAUCCCGCCGGUGCCCGCGCCUAUAUUAUCAGUCACGCCAGCUUUAUGUGCUAAGCGUGAUGGGCCUAACAACGAUGGCGGUUGUGCUGAUGGUAUAAGAAAGCACAAUGAAACAACAGCAGAAGAACUGGUAUUACCACUUGGAAGGGAUAGUAAGAGUAUAUUGAAAGAGCUCGGAUAUACGGAUGAAGAGAUUGAUGAAUUUGUGAAUAAUGGUGUUGUUGGUAUUGCUACGGAGGAGAAUGAGGACAAUUUGAAAUCGAAAUUAUAA